GAGCAAAAAGGCUUCGUGCGAGGACGAUCUCUGCAUCAUCAUGUUCGUUAUAUUCAAGAUUUACAGCGUCUGAUACGCCGUCGCGGUGACCAGGGCUUUGCCCUCUGUCUCGACUUCGCCAAGGCCUACGAUAGAGUGAACUGGGAUUAG